AUGCCAUUUCCAACUCGUAAAAAUAAAGCAGCUGCAGAAUGUGCUGUCACACCAGACUGCCAUGAGGCAGUAAGAGGUUUGGAAGAGGCUCGGCCUGAGCGGGCAAGCAGUUGGCUGCGAGCAGGGAAACCCUCCUGUCAGAGAGGCUGUGACAACCAUCAUCACGCACUGGAAGGAGCAGGCGCACCCUGUGAAGAACAGGCCUCUUCAGCAGAGCUCCUAGUUAACAGGUUCCUGAACACUUCAUCUGUUAUGAAGAGCCAGAAAUGGUAUGCUGCUCCUCCUGAACUAGUGCUCAAUCAAAUACAGGGCUCUGAAGAUGAUGCUGCUGGUCAUGGCCUCCAGCAGUGUGAAUAUGUUCAUCGUGAGCAGGAAAUAUGUGGUCAUAAGAUUUCAAGUCUUCAGAUAGGAAUCCAAACAGUUGCCAAACCCAGCAAGAGGGUCUUCCACGUCCCUGCAGAGCCGCUGCCGCCUUUCCCCGUAGUGUGGGGACACUUAGCGGCAAAAGCAAAGCAGCACAGGGAAGAAAUUCCCCCAAGCAAGGACAGGGGCUCUGCUGCAGGCCUGGACAAAAAAGAGCCUAAACCUCGACAAGUGUUGGAUAACCGGAGUCGGGCUCCUUGGCGUUUGUCAUCAAUAACAGAUUUCUUCUGGUCAAUAGCAGAUUUUAUAGUUCUUUUUUUCCAAAGCAUCAUUCAACCAGAUUUGAGAAGGAGAGGCUAUACAUCUUCCUCCUAUACUGGAUCUGAUGACAGAAGAGGAGCUCCAGGAUACCCUCGCCGCAGGAUGGGACGAAUAAAUCACUGGGGCGGCGGCCCCAGUCCGCCCCCGAUGGCAGGAGGUGGAUGAGGAAGGUAAACGCCUGCUGCGAGCGGCAGGCGAUGGAGC